AUGGCGGAGCUGCGAGUGGCGGUGAUGGGUGGCGUGAUGUGGCAGCUCCGCUGCCUCUCCAUUGUGUUCUAUCAGCGUGAACUCAGAGAGAGUGGGGCAAGGAAGAUGGCAGGUGGUGAUGAAGGUUUCUCAGUGGUGUUGGAGGUUUGGGUUGUCCUCGGGAAGGAAGAAGUUAGAGGGAGGGAGAGUGGUGGUGGUGUUGUUUAUGCUCGAGUUGGUACCACCAAGAUGAAGAAGAGAAGGCUUGGCCUUUGGCUGGUCAACAAGUAA